AUGUAUGACGCAGACGCCGACUAUGAAGAGGAAAAUCUAGUGGGCACCUUCGUAGGCACGUACAUGCCCACGUGCAGUGCGAUGUGGGGAGCCCUGAUUUUUAUCCGCUUUGGUAUAAUCACUGGGCAGGCUGGGCUUGUCCUGGCCCUGGGAAUGACUUUGGGGUCUGCUCUGAUUGUGAGUUUAACUGCGGCGUCGGUGUCCGCGCUGAGUACAAACGGAGCUAUGGCGCCGGACGGACCAAAUGGCGUCUACUUUCUGGUGACCCGAAAUUUAGGUACCUUAGUGAGUGUUCAGGAUGGGGAAAGUAUUUACUGUAUCUGUAAGAUGGAUAUAGCCACAUAUUUUUAA